AAUGAACGCCGGACCGCCGCCGCAGGGAAGUGCGCAGGCGCCUCGCAGGUCGGGACGGAUUACCAGGUACGGGGCGGCCGCGGCUGUGGUCCGAGCCCCGGGCCCGUUCAGUGACCCGCUUAGUGGGGACGCUGGAAAUGGAUGCAAGCUUCCCGAGUGCCUGGGGGCUCGCGGGGACAUCGGGCAGUAUAGACGCAGGUCAUAACUCCAUAUAACUGCCGUGGGAAGAGACUCUUCUGUCUGGGUCUUCAGGUUUGAGGACUCACUCAAUGGCUGAGCCCAGCGAAGCAUUGAAUUGAGUGCAGGAGCUCUGUCUUCAGUGGCUGAUGGACUAAAGCAAUUCCUGAACAGCUUGCCCAGGGAAAUCAGGUCCCCCAAUGGGAAAACUUUGAGGGAGUUGUGAUCCUGGUGGAACAUUCAGCCCAAAUGUAUGAAAAGGGAGCUCUACUUUCUCAGGAUUCUGCCCUUUUCCAAAAUAGGAUCAAAGGAGAUAAAGGAUUGGCUCCUUACCUCCUCACAACUAGGACCCAGUUUUCUGUGAUAAUUCAAGUGGUAUUGACAGGACAGAUCCGUAGUCAAGAAGAAUCUGUGACAUUCAAGGAUGUGGCCGUGGACUUCACCAGGAAGGAAUGGGAGCAGUUGACGCCUGCGCAGAGGUACCUCUACAGGGAUGUGAUGCUGGAGAACUAUAGGAACCUGGUGUCUCUGGGGCUUCCUGUGUCCAAGCCAGAGGUGAUUUCCCAGUUGGAGCAAGGAGAGGUACCAUGGUUAGCAGAGGAAGAAGUACCGAGAAGCACGUAUUCAGAUUGGGAAACUAGGCCUGAGACCAAGAACUCAGUUGCAAAGCAAGGUACUUCGGUGAAAGAAUCAUCCCAGGAAAGGCUUGCAGGUUGUGGCUUAUGGGACUCAAAUUUGGGACAGCCCUGGGAAUGUGAUGGCAGAUUCCAGAGGCAACAGGGGAGCCAAGAAAGAAGUUUGGCGCAAAUAACUCAAAAGAACAUGUCUAAUGAAAUAAGAAUCCAUGAAUGUGAUAUAUUUGAGAGAAGUUUUCAACUUAAGUCAAGUAUUGUUACAGAGAGAAACAUUUCUCCAGGAGAGAGCCCCCAUAAAUAUGAUGCACAUGGAAAUACCUUCAAACAGUAUUCAGAAGCAAGUAAAAAUAAUAGAGUCUUCUCAGGAAAGAAACUUUGUAAGCAUAAUGUUCGCAAGAAAGAAUUUCAGUGUCCCUCAACUAUAUGUAAUAAAAUAACUACUGGAGAGAAAACAUACAAAUAUAAUAAAUUUGGGGUAGCAUUCAGACAAAAGAAAUUCAUAAAUUAUCAAGAAAUUUAUACUGGAGAGAAACGCUAUAAAUGCAAUGAAUGUGGGAAAGAUUUUACUAGAAGUUCAUCUCUUACUCUGCAUCAGAGAGUUCAUACUGGAGAGAAACCUUAUGCAUGUAAUGAAUGUGGCAAAGCUUUCAGUCAUGGCUCUUCCCUUACUAAACAUCAGAGAAUCCAUACAGGAGAGAAACCCUAUAAAUGUGGUGACUGUGGAAGAUCUUUCAGUGACAGUUCAUCUCUUGCUCAACAUCAGAGAAUUCACACUGGAGAGAAACCAUAUAAAUGUCAUGAAUGUGGUGCAGCCUUCAUACGGAGUUCAUCUCUUUGUCAACACCAGAGAACUCAUACUGGAGAGAAACCCUUUAGAUGUAACGAAUGUGGCAAAACCUUCAGGCAGAAUACAUUUCUGGCUGUACAUCAGAGGAUGCAUACUGGUGAGAAACCAUAUGAAUGCAGUGAAUGUGGUAAAGCCUUUGGUGACAGCUCUUCUUUUACUAAGCAUCAGAGAAUUCAUACUGGUGAAAAGCCCUAUAAAUGUGGUGACUGUGGAAGAUCUUUCAGUGACAGUUCGUCUCUUGCUCAACAUCAGAGAAUUCAUACUGGAGAGAAACCCUAUAAAUGUAAUGAUUGUGGUGCAGCCUUCACACACAGUUCAUCCCUUUCUCACCAUCAGAGAAUUCAUACUGGAGAGAAACCCUUUAAAUGUAAUGAAUGUGGCAAGGCCUUCCGGCAGAAUGCAUUUCUGGUUCUACAUCAGAGAAUGCAUACUGGUGAGAAGCCGUAUGAGUGCAGUGAAUGUGGCAAAGCUUUUAGUGAUGGCUCUUCUUUUACUAAGCAUCAGAGGAUUCAUACAGGAGAGAAGCCCUAUAAAUGUAGCGACUGUAGAAAAUCUUUCAGUGACAGUUCAUCUUUUACUCGACAUCAGAGAAUUCAUACUGGAGAAAAACCUUACAGAUGUAAUGAUUGUGGAAAAUAUUUUAGUGACAGUUCUUCUCUUUCUCAUCAUCGGAGAAUUCAUACUGGAGAGAAACCCUUUAAGUGUAAUGAAUGUGACAAAGCCUUCAGGCAGAAUGCAUUUUUAGUUCUACACCAGAGAAUUCAUACAGGUGAGAAACCCUAUCAAUGUAGUGGAUGUGACAAAGCUUUUAGUAGCAGCUCUUCCCUUACAAAGCAUCAGAGAAUUCAUACAGGACAAAAGUCCUAUAAAUUUACUGAUUGUGGAAAAUCCUUCAGUGAUGAUUUAUUCUCUCAGCAUUAGAAGAGUCCCUUGUUAUAGUGGACAGAAACAUUAUAAAUGUAAUGAAUGUGGAAAAAACUUCACAAACAGUUCUUCCCUUUCUCAUCAUCAAAGAAUUCAUAGUCAAAAUAAACCUUAAGUGUAAUUAAAGUAGCAGUCUAUGGUUCUACUCAGAUCUAUACUGGGGAAAUGCCUCGAACACAUACAUAUAAUGAAUAUGUCAAAGUCUUUAGCGAAAAGCAACAGCUUAGUGAGCAUCAGAGAGUUCAUAGUGUAAAGAAAUCCUACUAAUGUAGGGAUGCUAGGAACACUUUCAGGCAAAAUCAUCCCAUUGUUAUCAGAUUAUUAAUUCUGAACAGACAAUAGAAAUGUAGUGGAAGUAGGGAGGCCUUCAGCAUCUCAUUCUGUAUCAGGAAAAUCAUAAUGGAGAAAAACAUCGUAAAUGGAAUAAGCCUCCAAAAAGUUCAAAUUUAGUUCCUUAUACAUCAGUGAUUUUACUUGAGAGAAUGAUUCUGGGUAUAGAUGAUAUACAGAAAGCUUCAAGCCAACUUGUCACUUAGCUUGAGAGAAGAAAAAUAUUUCCUGUUUAUUUUUCUCCUCUUUGCUGUUCACAUAAACUCCCAUUAGUAGAGCUAGUUUUAUAUGAGGUUCAGGUGUGGCAUCUGAAAGAAUAAGUUCUCAGUAGAACUUUUGUGUUGGAACCAUUAAAUUUAGAAGUGAUUUUAAAGUGAAGAAAUAAAAAGUUCAGAUGAAAUAUUAAAGAUAGUUUCCCCUAAGGUAAGGCAGAACACUCCUGCACACACAUUCUGUUUAAUGUGCAUAAGCUGGUUCUUCUGGGACCCUCUACAUAAAAUGUGCUUUCGUUGUGACCUGGAGAAGGUAUAAUGGAUCUGACAAAGCAUGGCAAUAAAAGGAGUCAAAUAUGGUUCUCUCAGAGUAGGCAAGAUUUGAGUAAUGUGGAAAGUAAUUUUGGAACUAGAGAAACUGACUUGUCUGGAGAUGAUAAUAGUUUUGAUAGGGGGACCUGCUAAGACUUCAGUGUUACUCUGCUGCAAAAUUACAUCGUACUCCUUCUUUGUCCACGUCUCUAAUUGUCAAGGAAAUUUCUAGGAAGUGUUGGAGAUGGGGUAUGUGUGGAGGGGGGUGGUAUUUAUAGUAGGAAUGGCAUCAUUGGGUGCCCAUUCCAGAAACAUCCUCAGAGAAAGGCUGGAAAACUCCAAUGAAUAACAACAAAAUUAAAUUAAACCUGAAAAUGAACUUAGCAAAAACUAAGAUAGUGUUUGGUGCUGCCAAAAAGUUGUAACCGCAAAACAAGACCACAAAAGAUGUUCCAUAGUAAAUAAAGUGAAGUGGGGGGGGGGAGGGAGUAAAUGAGAUAGACUGAGGGAAAAAUAAGAAUAAAUAUCUACCAUAGGAAGAAAAGGAAUUAAGUCACAUGCUCCACAAAAAGGGAGCAAGAAGAGAUAAGUCAUGUAAUUAGCACAUACAAUGGGUGAACUAAAAACAUCACUGAAGGCAGCAAAGAAUAGGGAGUUAGCAACUGUGAUGACAAAAUGAAAACACUAGAAUUUUUAAGUGAAAAAAGAUAGUGUUGGAAAUAAAUGUAACCAAUCUUGAAAAUGAAUUGGGGUUUUCCAACCUACCAAAAAUAGGCAUUUCAGAAGGAAUGCAAUCUGAAGAUUAUGUUGAAAAUUCUCCAUAGCUGACAAGAAAAGGUUUAAAUCUUUAAACAGAAAGAAGCCGCAGAAUAACCUGUAUGAAAGUCAUAAAGCACAAAGUCAGAGGCGUAUAAUUUUCUAACUCCUAAAGCUUAGAGUUAAAGUUCUUGAAACAGCAAAAAAUGAAACAGGAUUGACUUACUGAAGAAUCCAAAAAUCAUCUGAUUGUACACCAGAACUAAUGAAGAGUGUAACAUGUAUUAAGUACUGAAAGGCAUGGGUGUGAAUCUAGUAAUCAGUUUGUUCCAACUUAAGCAUAAAAAUUGCCUCUGAAUUGAGGCUGCCAAUGGAAAUAAAGGAAGACCUUGACCUAGGAAACUUUGAAAUAAGCUCCAGAGAGUGGAAUCUAUAAGAACUUAACUUGGUGUCUGCCAUGCUAAAAUAUACAAGCUGUUUGUCUCCACAGUCACAAACAGUUGACAAAAGUUACUUUAAAACAAUUCAAAUAUUGGCAGGCCGGGUGAAAAAAGGUUUCUGCUGUUCAUAGAAUUUGUGCAAUCUGGCAAUAGACAAGGAUUGUAAAAGUGGUCAUGGUCUGACUAGGUAAUAAUUCUGUUACUAAAAUAUGUCCUCAGGAAAAGGAAAACUAUACAAAGUUGUUUUUAGAAGUCUUAUAUGUAGCAUUAACAACAACAACACACACAAAACCAUGAAUCUGGAAACAAUGUUAGGAUUGUAGAGUAUAGAUUGUAGAGUGAAUUACUGAAAGUUGUUUCUAAUUGUUUAUUCUUUUCAUGGUGAAAUUAAUCACAAAAUGAGAAUGAGGGGGAAGGAGAAAAAUUGGCAGCAUAGAGACUCAGUUCCUUAAACUCCUUAGUCACUCUAGAGGGGAGCAACUUCUUUGGAGAAGGGGCCUGAUAUAUUUUUCAACAGUAGCACAAACUAGUGACCAGUUGCCACUCUCAGGUGGGUAAGCUCAAGAGGCCUAGGAAUAGCAGCAUGCUGCAGACCCUGGCCCUGCUUCUAGACCAGUCCUUACAACCAUUGUCCAUUAUAACAGCACCUGUGGAAAAGGGGCCAGUGAUCUCCACCAACUGCUGCCUAUAGGGCAGGUAAGCCAACUCAGCUAAAGCAGCAAAGCACCUUGAUGGAGAGUCAGGUAAUAACACGUGCCAGGUGAGUCAGACCACCACCACCACCCUCACCUUCACUCAGACCUCAGUGGAGGUCACUCAGAAUACUGAGCCCAAGAGCCCUGGGAAUAGCAGUGCCACCCAGUCCACCAGCCAUGUUUUUAGCCCAGCCAUUGUAGGUAUUAUGCAGGAUAGCAAUCUUUGUGGAGAUGCUACCUGGCAUUGCAACUGUGACUACAGCUACUGAAGCCCUCAGAAAAACAGGUUCCCACCACCAAAGCCCUUGGCACUGUCAGGUGGUUUAAGAUCAGAAAUGAAUAUGGUUUUAUCAGUGGGAAUGACAUUAAAGAAGAUGCAUUACCAUCUUUUUUGGUGCUGUACCAUACAUGGGAUGUUUCUAUAUGACUUGCUGCUAAAAUCUCUGAUAUAUUGUCUUCCCCAUUAGAAUGUAAAUUUCUGAGAUCAGAGGCUCUUCGCACUUCUCUGUUUGUAUCCCUAGCACGUAGCACAGGUCUUUACACAUAAGUGCUUUUUACUCAUUCAUUCUCUUCGUUCAGACAUGUUUUGGUCGUUGGACCAUGUAGUCUAUUAAAGGUUCUAUUAUGGUCCAUAAAGUCCAUGGAAAAUGUCUCCCUUUGCCAUUCAGUUUGCUAUAGUAUCAUUUAUUCUCCCAGAAUUUACUUAAACUUUCAAAAUACAUUUGAAAAAGUUAGGCCUAAAAUAAAAAAAAAUUGGGGCAGU